AUGGUUACAUCAUGGAUUCUAAAUUCACUCUCAAAGGAUCUAGUUGAUAGUAUACAAUAUGUCAACGACGCUAAGGAGUUAUGGCAAGAGUUAGAAGACAAGUAUGAUCAGACUAAUGAAGCGAAGCUUUAUCAGCUGCAAAAGAAAAUCAGUGACCUUAGUCAAGGAGCUUUGUACAUCACAAUGUAUUAUACGAAAAUGAAACGACUUUGGAAGGAAUUGAACACUUUGAAUGCACAUGCACAAUGCAAUUACCAAUGCACUUAUGGUGUAAAGGCAUACAUGCAUAAAGCUGAGCAUGAUCGAAGACUAAUUCAGCUCCUAAUGGGCCUGAAUGAAGUUUAUAUAGUUGUGAGAGACAGUAUAUUGAUGAUGAAUUUGUUGCCCAGCAUAGCACAGGCUUUCUCUAUCCUUAUCCAAGAAGAAAAAUAG